CUCUCCUGUAACUGUUUCACAUGUCACUCAUUGUAGAAGCCGAGAAAGCUGCAAAUGCUCUUGAGCCUGUUGCAGCGAAAAUUCCAUUUGCUCAAGCAUCACUUAUAGAAGCUAGAAAGCUUGUUACAGAGGCAAGAAUGUCACUCGAAGGUGUUGAUGAUAAUGAUGGGCCAGCAGAAAGUUCUUCUGAUGAUACCUCGGAUGACUCAGGUGUCUCGGAACUGCACAAGUUGGAGAACCAAAAUGACCUUAUUAAACAAGAGAACAAAUCUGUAAAUGGAAUGAAGCUACCUCCAAGGACUGUUAAUGGCAUGGAUUUCUAUUUUGAUGUGUCUGCACUAGGUGAAAAGGAACAACUCAGUAUGUUUCAGAGGAUAGAGAACUCCAUGGAAAGAGCUUAUUUGCUUCCUUCAGCUUUUUCAACAGCUCAAGAUGUGAACGGAAAUCUUGGAACAAAUGAUCUAUGUAUCAGUGAGCAAGUGGUCAAUAACGACCAGAUCGACCGGAUUGCAGCAGAUACAACAGAAUUUAUUUCAGCAGAGCCACUAGAGAAUGUGUCCUCACCUGCUAAUAAGUCUAAGAUGAGAUGGGUACGUGGAAGACUAGUUGAAGGAGAAGAAUAAACUAGGUCUAAGGAGUCAAAUCCUCGGGAGACUCAUCAUCCGAAAAUGCUUAGAUUUGCUUCCAUUCUGCCAGGAUCUGCAAUUUGCAACAGGGAAAUGCAAUACUUGGAAGCAGAUGCUCGUUGUUAUCUAACUGGUGUGGACGGGAUUGAGUGGGAUUCAUUUAUUGUUGGUAUGUUCCUCCCUGGAAGAAAUUGACGAGCAUUCCAGGGAACGGCCUUCUGAUGAGCAUUGUAAUUAGUAGUUGGGACUUUAGAAAUUGCCCUCGGGUGUAGUCAGUUUUAGGAGAAAACUGACUAUAAAUCAUGAUUAAGAUGAUAUAUUUAUGGAAUGCAAUUCCCCUCUGGCCGUGUUUGUUAGGCCCCUCA